UCUGCUACCGUCGUCCGAGUGGUCUUUUCAAUAACAGGACUCAAAGGUGCUUGCAUGAUAUCACUAGACUAGUCUUCGGGAACCUAUUCCUUAAACUUUUCGUUCUUUCUAUUUUUCGAACUACUGGAGAUAUCUGUUGCAGAAGAAAGAAGGGAAAUGGCAUUUUGGGGAGUCGAACUAGAACCAGGGAAACCUUACACCCAUAGUUACAAUAGCUCUCUGGGAAGGCUUCGUAUUUCUCAGGCUAUUUUGGACCCUUUUAGUCCUAACAGUGGGUAUGUUGCUGUUCACUGUAUAGUAGGGAACAAGAGUCCUGUUUUGAUAUGCUUAUUGCGCGGUGGUACCAAUAAUGAAUCAUGUAUGUUGGAUAUUGAAUUGGAGGAGAAGGAAGAGGAUGUCGUUCUUGCAAAUCGAGGCAAUAUCAGUGUGCAUUUAAGUGGUUUCUAUAGUAGGAAUAAUGAUCAAUCUGCUGGAAACGGAACAAUGGGAAACCAUGGAGCUCGUUCAACAUCUCAAGUUGCUCAUGUGAAAACUGAGUUUAAAGCAUUAGAGAUGGGUAGUGACCCCGAAUACAAGGACAUACAAGUAAAUGGACGCCGUGUAAGAACAAUGGCUAGUGGUUUGGUUAUUGAAAACAUACGUACGAGCGGGAACUCCGAAACCAAAGUAGCUUAUCAUGGAUGUUAUGUGCAAGUCCGUUUCUUUGGUCAAAUAAAGAGCACUGGUUUUGUCUUUGAAUCCAAUUAUGGCACUUGUGGUUUAAGUUUCACAUUGGGCAAUGGAGAUGUUAUAAAAGGAUUGGAGGAUGGGAUUAACGGUAUGCAAGUUGGUGACAAAAGAAGACUCACAAUUCCACCAUCCAUGGGUUACUGUGGAUCUAAAGCACGGAGUGAUGUACCAGCAGAUUCAUGGCUUGUUUUCGAGGUUGAACUUAUUUCAGCACGUCUCAGCACACUGACAUAUUAGAAGAUAGUGCUCAAUUGAAUUUUUUUUGGAUAUGAUGGUCGACUUCAAGUUAAAAAAAAAGUAAGUAGUAAUAUGCUAUUAUGCUCAAUUAGAAAUCAGUUCAGUACCUUUCAUUUAACGUGACAUGAUUAGGUUUUGUCGACAGACAGUUGUACAACUUGCUUCCAACAUUAGUUUGGAAAUUGCUUCUGUCUAAGCAAACUUUGGAUUAUAUGCAAACUUUUAAUUUAUUUUUCUCCA